AUGUUCGUAGCACCAUCUCCGGUGAAGACAAACUUCUACGGCGCCGGUCUAGUUAGAUCUCCGGCGUUUCCCGUUCUUACACGGCGGCGAACACUCCGAGUUUCUCUCCCCGGACAGGUCCGAGCUGUGAUUUCCCGGGAAGAAAAGGCGGUGGAUCAGGAAGAUGGAAAAAGUAUAAACAAGUCAUCACUUGUAAGUAGUAAUCCUGCGUUUCCAUGGCAAAGAUCUAAGUAUACGGGAUCAAAGACGAUUAUGGCGGUUGUGAAGAUCAGAAAGAAGAUGAGAGAGAAGCUGAACGAGAGGUUCGAGCAUCAAAUAGAGCUUCUCAUGAAAGCGAUCGGUCAAGGGAUGUUGAUUCAGCUUGUUAGUGAAGAAAUCGAUCCUGAAACUGGCUCAGGCAGGAAGAGUUUUGAAACUCCGGUGCUCGGGCUCCCGAAGGCUAAGAACGAUCCAAGAUACCUUGAGUUCAGUGCCAACUUCACUGUCCCAACUAGCUUCGGUAAACCUGGUGCCAUUCUUGUCACUAAUCUCCUCUCCACAGAGAUUUGCUUGUCAGAGAUCCACAUCCGUGAUGGCAACGACACCAUUCUCUUCCCUGGAGACACUUGGAUCCACUCCAGGAAUGAUAACCCUGAAAGCAGGAUCAUCUUCAGAAACCAACCAUUCUUACCUUCCCAGACUCCGGCUGGGAUCAAAGAACUACGUGAAAUGGACUUGAAGAGUGUCCGUGGUAACGGUAAAGGCGAGAGAAAGCCUCAUGAUAGGGUUUAUGACUACGAUGUCUACAACGAUUUAGGCGAUCCACGUAAACAAGAUAGAGUUAGGCCAGUUCUUGGUAAUCCAGAGAGGCCGUAUCCAAGACGUUGUAGGUCUGGUCGUCCUCUCGUUUCAAGAGAUCCACCCUGUGAGAGCAGAGGAAAAGAGAAGGAAGAGUUUUACGUUCCAAGAGACGAAGUUUUCGAGGAGAUCAAGAGAGAUACUUUCACAGCUGGGAGAUUUAAGGCUCUCUUCCACAAUCUUGUCCCAUCUAUUGCAGCUGCAUUGUCAAACUUAGACAUUCCCUUCACAUGCUUCUCGGAUAUCGACAGGUUAUACAAAUGUGACAUUGUCUUGACACCUAGCGAGCCUAAAGACACAGGCCUUGCCGGCUUCUUCGGAAAUUUCGUGAAUGGGAUCCUUAACGUUGGAGAAACACUGCUCAAAUACGACACUCCUGCCGUUAUUAAAUGGGACAGGUUUGCAUGGCUGAGAGACAAUGAAUUUGGACGUCAAGCUCUUGCUGGUGUCAAUCCUGUGAACAUUGAGCUUCUUAAGGAGCUGCCAAUAAGAAGCAAGCUUGAUCCAGCUAUAUAUGGAUCUCAAGAAUCUGCACUCACAGAGGAAGUUAUAGCUAGAGAAGUUCUACACUAUGGAAUGACUAUAGAACAGGCGUUUAAAGAGAAGAGAUUGUUUCUCUUGGACUACCAUGACAUGUUACUGCCGUUUGUAGAGAAGAUAAACUCCAUCAAAGAAGAUCCAAGAAAGACAUAUGCUUCAAGAACAAUUUUCUUAUACUCAAAGACAGGUGCUCUUAGGCCUUUAGUCAUAGAGCUCUCUCUGCCUCCUUCAGCCGAGAGCGAGAACAAGUUUGUGUAUGCUCAUGGACAUGAUGCUACUACUCACUGGAUUUGGAAACUAGCUAAAGCUCAUGUAUGCUCAAAUGAUGCUGGUGUUCACCAACUAGUGAACCAUUGGCUAAGGACUCAUGCUUCCAUGGAGCCUUACAUCAUUGCUACUAACAGACAGUUGAGUACAAUGCAUCCGGUUUAUAAGCUGCUUCAACCUCAUACGCGCUACACGUUAGAGAUCAAUGCACGUGCGCGUAAAAGCUUAAUCAAUGGAGGAGGAAUCAUUGAAAGCUGCUUCACUCCCGGAAAAUACGCAAUGGAACUAAGCUCUGCUGCGUACAAGAGUAUGUGGCGGUUUGACAUGGAAGGACUUCCUGCUGAUCUUGUUCGGAGAGGAAUGGCAGAGGAAGACUCUUCAGCGGAAUGUGGCGUGAAGCUUGUGAUUGAAGAUUAUCCAUAUGCAUCAGACGGUCUUUUGAUCUGGAAAGCUAUCAAAGACCUAGUCGAGUCCUAUGUGAAACACUUCUACUCAGAUUCCAAAUCCAUUACCUCUGACCUUGAGCUCCAAGCUUGGUGGGAUGAGAUCAAGAACAAAGGUCACUACGACAAGAAAGACGAGCCUUGGUGGCCUAAACUCAACACAACACAAGACCUGUCCGAAAUCCUAACCAACAUGAUAUGGAUCGCCUCGGGACAACACGCAGCCAUUAACUUCGGUCAAUAUCCCUUUGGAGGGUAUGUCCCAAACAGACCUACACUGUUGAGGAAACUUAUACCGCACGAAAACGAUCCGGACUACGAAAUGUUCAUGAGAAACCCUCAAUACAGUUUCCUAGGCUCUCUACCGACACAACUCCAAGCAACAAAAGUGAUGGCGGUGCAAGAAACGCUCUCGACGCAUUCCGCAGACGAAGAGUACUUGAUCGACCUGAGAGAAGUCCAGAGACGUUGGUUUCAAGAUGAGGAAGUGGUUAAGUAUUUUAACAAGUUUUCAGAGGAACUUGUGGAGAUUGAGAAGAAGAUCAACGAGAGAAACAGAGAUAAGACUCUCAAGAACAGAACAGGAGCUGGAAUGCCUCCUUACGAGCUACUUCUCCCUACUUCACCACAUGGAGUCACUGGCCGUGGUAUACCAAACAGCAUUUCAAUUUAG